CCAUAAUGAAAGAGAUAUUAUGGUCUUAUUACUGGUUCUGAAUCUUUUUUUCGGCUGCGCCCUCUCAGAAGUCAAAGUCUUUAAAAACUACACUCUUACAUUCGAGAGCGAAGAUUGUACAAAAGGUCAAACGUUGUUGGCUUAUGAAGUCUCUCCCGAUGAAUCCCACCCCAUUUGUAAUGACCUUAACUCAGAUCAAGUCGCAACUUUGUGUGGAAAGGUUGAUAAAUGUGCGGGCAAGCUUGGAAUUGUGACCAACCUAACAUACCCUUCUUCUUACCCUCCUUAUAUUACUGAUGAUGCCUUUACCUUUUAUUCAGACCCUUAUUGUGGGAUUAGUAUUAUCUGUUUUGAUCCUGCAACUCACUGCUUUCUACCUGAACUAAAGAACGGAAGGUAUCGAGAUUCCGACCUGGCAGAGUUCAAUGAAGAUUUGCUGGCUUCCGGCGAUAGACUGAAAAUCGAUUGUAAAAAAGGCUUUACUUGGCACUGGGCUGAUUUUGUAACUUGCCUUAAGAUGAGUUCAGGAGAGAGCAGAUUAUCUAUUGAGCCCCUGUGUGUGCCCCUUUCUGAAGAUAAUCUCAUGACUCUACUUGUCAAUGUAACCAAUGUUGCACACUUGAGUGCACUGACAGGCAUCCCAGAGUCCCUGUUCAACCCUUCAGAUGUCCGGUCAGUGUUAGCCUACAGUAUAUUGCUGGGGCCUUAUUGUCGGGGCGGUGAUUUGUGUAGUGUACCCGUUCACAAAUUAGAGGCUACUACCAACAGUCAAAACGAGCCUGACGGAACGGAUCACGUGGCAGCGCUGUCAGGAGAAUACACCAUGUGUUUUGAGACUUCCAUUAUUUCUCUAUUCUUAAUGGGACUACAACAGGCAGGACGGGCAGACGAAUAUGAUGAUUUCAACGUCAGACCGAUGGCUAAAAGAGCGUCAGGAGUGCAAAAACGGGAAAUAGUCGACAACAACAUAGAAGUCAGAAUAAAUAACCUGGAUCUUGUUUACAACACGACAGAACGGAAAGUGAUUGGUUUUAACGUGACUUUCUACCUGUUCCAGUAUAAUAAGGUGGUACACCCUGGUGUAGUAACUAAAGUCAUGGGAAAUGUCUCUCAAUCAAAGUAUGACGUAGUUCUGGAGAGUUACUGUCGACUGAAAUAUUGUGGAAGUUCGAACUACGAGGAUUGUCAGAAGAUUCCCAUGAUGAGGUUCUACUCGUUUCCUAAACCAACCAUUCCAUGUACAUUCCAGGGAAUACAGUUGGGGUAUGCAGAGCCAGUACCAGUAACAUGUGACCCAAAUCACUAUAACAACGAAACAAACGUUACGUUGUGUCUCUAUGGCGAUCAGUACAGUCCACCAGUUCUCCCCCUAUGCGCAAAGUGCGGAGGAAAGAUGUUCUCUAAUAUAAUCCAUGCUCCAUCUCGAGUGAAUGGUUUGAAUUCUAGGGGUGCCAACUGCAUAUGGGAGAUCAAAACUUCUCAAAACAACACAGGACAAUUUUACCAACAGUCGAAAGGCGACAGUAAAAGUUGUAGAAAUCCAGUCAGUUAUCUGAAAAUUAGAGAGUACGGUUCAGAUGGAAAUGAGCUAACGGAUAAAAGUAACAGGGACAUUUGUCUUGGUGUCCAAAUGAAACUGGGUCCACACUUUGAAGUUGAAUACAACUCGGACGCUCAAAGUGAGCUGGAAAGAAGUUUUAUAUUCGAGUUCGAGGCAGAUAUUCCCCUUCAGCCGUGGUAUAAGAGGUACAUGGCAAUACUCAUUGCAGCUCCCCUCAUCGUUCUCUUCUUCGUGGCUCUCGUCUUUAUCGGGGUUUACUGUGAUCACAAAAACAGGAAGGAACGAGGAACAUCUUCUCCGGUAAUACAAAUGGAGUACGGUGAUCAGAUCAGUAACGGAACAUGGAAAGCGAAUGAUAGUUUUAAGAAAAAUAGUGUCAUAGAGGACGAGGCUAUUUCACCUCAGCCGAGGAUACAUAACGCAGUAACCAAACCAGAUCCGCAGAGGAGGCGGAAGAAGAAAAGACGAGGCACUCCUAGUAAGACUGAUUCAGCAGAUACACAACAAGCCCAGAAUCCCGCGGGAGCGGACUCACUGAGCCCCCCUACCUACGACUCGUGGGUGCAGAUCAGUAACCAUAGUAACCCUGGUCAAACCACCACACCAGAGACCGGGGAUAUGUCCCCUGAGAGGGACACCGAAGGAGCCAGUCAGGUAUUUCACAGUCCAGUGAAACCUAAGAAAGUGAGGACUAGUGUAAACUCCACCGCUCCCCUCCUUAGCAACACCACCACCGCCACCUCCGACAACCUCCGCACAGCCAGCGACCAGACGGAGGCCUCAGCCGUUAAACCGCGGAAAAAGAAGCGGCGGAAGAAGCGGACGGAGUCGAUGCAGAGGCCUCUGCCAACUCUGAACGGCGGAGAGACAUACCAGGAGGGCUCGGUGGUUCAGGCCACGCCCCAAACGAAGAGGAGCUUACCCCCUCUGGAAAACAAUGCAGCUAAUGGUCGAGCUUUGCCUCCGAUUAUUGUGAACAAAAACGUCGACGAUGAUGCGGGCUACCCGUAUGUGUCUGACGAAUAAGAUGUAGUUUAUUGAGAAAACAGAAAGAUUGUUUUAUAAGUUAAAAGUUCGAUAGGAUGUUUAUCUCAUGAACGGACGAAUUUAUGCCAUUUUUAUAAGAUUAAUAUAAAUACUGUGACCUAUAGAUUAUUACUGUUAGAGUAAAUAUUGCGGAAAUGAGGUUUACAGACUCGUUUUUUGUACUCAUAGCUGCAGUUAUCCUAUUUGUCCUGAUGGUUUUGCGUGUUUGUAAGAUCACCCACAUUUCUACCGACCCCGACGACAAUAGAUUAAGUAUAAUUUUAAACAGUUUUAUAAGUUUCAUGUUGGCUGGUAAUGAUGUAGAAAAAUAAGGAAAAACAGUAUUAUGCCUUAAUGCUGAUUACUGAUCGUGAUUUGUUUAUGAAGAUUAUCUAACGUGAACGGUCAACGGAUCUGUAGAUUUUUGUACGUAAAUGUUAGAUGUUAUUUUACGUAUGGUAUUAUGUUAUGGAGAUGCUUUAGUUUGUUAUUUUGAGAUUAAUUUUAACUUAUUUAUUAUCAGUAUUUAAGUUUAGUUUUCUUUAAGCAGUUUGUCGUGAGUGAUGCUAUUAUUUGUAUAAUGUAGGUUAAUAUAUUUGAACUUUUUUUAAAUAGCAGUUCUAUUAGUACGUUUUAAUUUGUUCACGUUUGAAUCUUAAACUGGUAAGAUUUUAAUCAGCUGGUACAUUAGAGUACUGCGAUUCGGUCUGGCGGUAAUUUUAACGAGUAGGAUAUGGCAGUCGAAGUAUGAUCGUUCUAUUCACAAACUA